AUGUACCUCUACAGUGUAUCCCUCAGUUUGAUUCUACUAAACACAUUUCUCCAUGCACUGGGAGAUGAAAAAAUCGAUAUAACUGCACAAAGCCAGACCAAUGGAGCAGUUGACUUUGAUGAAAAUAGCCUGAAUUUGAAUCAUACAGAACUGGCCCAGACCAAGAAUAAGUAUGACAGCAAUAAUCAUAUCUCGAGAAGAGCAAAGUCCUACUUAAAUAUAACUGUCCCGUUUCUGGGUCAGCUAAGUGGCAGUCUUGAUUUUACCUCAAACACUGCACAGAAUGCCAACGACCAGACCUCAAAUGUUGGAGCUAGCGGCAAUGAUCUGCGCAAGAAUAGUUUGCUGUAUAUACCAAAAAUUAACAUCUCGAACAAUGGGCAGUAUAUCAUGAAUGGCCAGACAUCAAAUGGGGGAUUUGGUCCUAAUGGUCAUAUUCCGAUAAAUGGCAACUAUGAAAAUAAUGGUCCGACCUCGAGCAGUGGACAGUAUCUCCCUAACGGUCAGACCUCAAAUAGUGGAUCUAGUGGCUACGGUCUGAACUCAAAUGGUGGUUAUGGUCUGCCUUCAGUUACAGGAAAAUAUGACAUUAAUGGUCAGCCCUCAAACAGUGGUGCUAAUGGAAAUGGUCAGAUCUUAAAUGGUGGAAGGUAUAUCAUUGAUAGUCUGGCCUCAAAUAGUGGUUUUAGUAGCAACGGUCAGAUCUCAAAUGGUGGAUUUAGUGGCUACGGUCUGAACUCAUAUGGUGGACUUAUUGGUAAUGGUCUGACUUCGGUUAAUGGAAAAUAUGACAUUAAUAGUCAGACUAAGGGAACUGAUCAGAUCUCAAAUGGUAGAGAGUAUGUCAUUCAUAGUCAGACUUCAAAUGGUGGAUCGAGUGGCUACAAUCUGAUCUCGGAUGGUGGACUUAUUGGUAAUGGUCUGACUUCGGUUAAUGGAAAAUAUGACAUUAAUGGUCAGACUAAGGGAACUGGUCAGAUCUCAAAUGUUAGAGAGUAUGUCAUUCAUAGUCAGACCUCAAAUGGUGGGCAGCAAGUAAAUGGACAGUAUGUCAUUAACAGUCAGACCUCAAACAGUGGGCAGCAAGUAAAUGGACAGUAUGUCAUUAACAGUCAGACCUCAAACAGUGGGUAUAAUAGCAACGGUCAGAUCGCAAAUAGUGGAGGGUACAUCAUUGAUAGUCUCACCUCAAAUAGUGGUUCUAGUAGCAACGGUUUGAUCCCGAAUGGUGGAUUUACUGGUAAUGGUCUGACGUGGGUUAAUGGGAAAUAUGACAUUGAUGGUCAGACUUCAAAUACUGGGAAGUAUGUAAGUGGACAGUAUGUCAUUAAUGGUCAAACAUCAAAUAGUGGUCAAAAUGGCAACGGACAGCCCAAUGUACAGAACGGUCUUAACAUUGCUGGUUUGGGGGGUGUUUCUGGUAAAUUAGGCUUACACAUACAGAACAUCCUUGGUCAGGGAAUUAAUACACUGAAGUUUAACGUUGGCGAGUAUGCCAAAAGGUGGCUUCAAAACUGCCCUGAAAAGAUUUGGGCAAGAGGCUGCUUUAAAUCUUCUAGGCCCUACCUAGUAAAUAUCGAUGAAAUACUAAGAAAUCAGAUACUCUACAUUAGCAAUUUCUUACGCGACACAGUAGCAGCGGGCACAUUGAAUUCCGGGAGGAAGGGCAUGGCUACAAUGAAGUGGAGUCCGGAGCUGGUCAGCCUGGCUGAAAAUAAUGUUAUGCAGUGUGAGGUUAAACAUGACGGCUGUGCGGCCAGUGGUUAUAGGGUAACUGGGCAAAACGUGGCACUUACAACCUACUCGGGCACCUAUUCUGGACAAUCGGAUAAACAGCUGGUGAAUGGAACACUUCAGAGCUGGUGGAAUGAAUACCAGCUUUACAAAGGGCAAGCUAUGAGCUCUGACCAUCCUAACCAAGAUGCUCAACUAACGGCUAUGCUGAAGGCCAAGAGCGAUACCGUAGGCUGCGCUGCUGCCAGAUAUUUUGAAGACCAAUCGAAUCAGUUCCUAAUGACCUGCGUCUAUGCCACAGCCUCACCUCCAGAUCUGAAAAGCAGAAUUGGCGAAGCUAGCCCCGGCUGCACCACUGGCUACAAUCCGUUAUUCACAAACUUGUGCAGCUUAGCUGAGCAAUACUAUUCUUAGCCAAGGCAGCAGCCAUAAAUAUUCCUCACUGAAUGACGUUCAAUAAAUAUAUUGAAUAUGUUAA